CUAAGAGAGUGCGCGGAAUAGAGAAAGAGAGAGGGAGAGAGACAGAGUGAGACCGAUGUGCUACGACAUGUGUCCGUGCUGAGGAUAUCGUGUCUCCGACUGUGCCGACCUACGAGGGUACAUCUCGAGGCAGGGUGACCGGCUCUACGAGAGAGGGGAAGGGCGAGAAACAUACGGACGAGGAGAAAGAUAGGGAAAAAUUCUCGUUGUCCCCCUGUGCCGUUCUUCGGGGUUCUCUCGUCGUCGUCUACGCGGGACCACCGAUGCAGACCUUACGGAAAAAAAACAGUCCGUGCAAGUGUGAGUAUAAAGCGAUUCGCUCCGACAUCGCGAUCGGAGUCUCCGCGAUGUGUGUCCUACGUCGAGUUUUCCGCGAUUUUCCUGAGAGCGCUCGCGAUCCGAACUUUACAAGGUUUCCCGUCCCUCCCGACGACGAGUCGGGGUUGAGACGGCGCCUCUGGUACCACCCUGUAGAUACGUACGUUAGGGGUGGUUAGGGGUGCGUAAUAUGGCUUCCACGUAUUAGCGGCGAGAGGGACAGCCGUACGUCGCGUCGCAUCGCGUCUCGCACGGGAGAUUUUCGCUACGCAAUUCGACGCAUUGACUGACGCAUCUCGUGUGUGACGUAUGUGACACGAAGGCCGCGAAAAAUGAGCCUCUCGUUAGCCGUAGGCUGGCGAAUUCGCUCACGCGAAAAGCGAAAGUUCUCACGAGGGAGAACGUUACCGUUCGAGCGAGACUGCCGGCCGCAUGUGUCUCCAUAAGAUGUCGACAGCUGUGUCGUGCGCGUGUUCGAGAUUACUACUGAAUUUUUACAGGACAGCGCGAAAACGCUUUUAUCUCCUUAUUCGAUUAAAUGUUAAUUAUAUUAAUGAAGCUUAAAGAAAUGCUAUGUAGAGAAGAGAUCUCUCGUCGAGAAAAGUUGGAAAUAAUUUUAACGCGGUUUACAGCAAGAGCAUACUCUUAAUUUUAGAGGGAAAUGUCAAUUUUGUACUCCCAUUAAUACAUUUAAAGACAUUGACGGUUUUAUUAAUUUUGAGUUGUGCGAUAUGAAAAUAUUAAAUAUGAAAUAUUGAUUGUAUUUCCAAUAGGAAAUGAGAAUGGAGAAGUGGCACUAAAUAAAUUGCAAGAAAAUGCAAGUCAUAGCCAAUAUAUACGUUUUUAUAAGCCAUCUUCUCCUGAUGAGUCACGUUAGUGACAGCAAUAUAUCAUUCUGUCAUUUUUCUCUGAUUGCAUGAACUGCUAUUUUUGCAACAAUCACGUUCUUCGUCUUACAAUAAUGGAAUAUCCGUAAAUAAAUGUCAAUUUUGAAGCGAGCCGGACUUCUUCGAGCCGAUUUUUUUUAACGAAAAUGUCAAAGUCAAGAAUGACCCAACCCGCUUUCUUGGGGAGGGCGUAUCGUUCAAGGCGAAACUGAUCGGUAUUUUGGAGGUAUCGGAAGCACGCGGUGACCGGAUGUGCCAGGCGGCCUUGGCUGACCUGAAGAUGGCGAUUCGCGCCGCCGGUGAACACAAGCAACGAAUCGCCGUUCAGGUCAGCAUAGACGGGCUUCGUUUGAGGGACGAAAAGACGGGGGAUUGUUUGUAUCAUCAUCCGGUGCAUAAAAUAUCGUUUAUUGCUCAAGACAUGAGUGACUCGAGAGCCUUCGGUUAUAUUUUCGGCUCACCGGAUACCGGACAUCGGUUCUUCGGCAUCAAGACUGAUAAAGCGGCAAGUCAGGUGGUGAUAGCGAUGCGAGACUUGUUCCAAGUAGUGUUUGAGCUGAAGAAGAAAGAGAUCGAGUUGGCGAAACAGCAUAUAGAGCAAAAUGCCAUUAACGCGAUUAAAUUCCACACCGGCGGUAUUUUCGUUGAGCCAGCGCCCGAUACCAAGGGUGCAGCAAGCACUGAAUCCUCAUUUCAUCGAAUUCGUACGACUAAUUCCGAGGUCGACAAACCCGCCGAUCGCAAGAACGAAUCGCAGAGUGGGGUGAUCGCGGAUUUGCUGGAUCUGCAAUUUGAAUUAAACUCGCUGCAGCAGGGUAUCCAUCAGAUGGACAAAAUCACGCCGGAAAAUCCCGUGCCCUCUACCGACGAUCUAUUCGAGAGCGAUCCUUUCGGUGAUUCUUUCGCAAACAUGAAGGUUCAAGACACAGUUCGUCCGAUUUUACCACCGCCACCCUCGUCGACGAAAAGGGGACAUUUGGAGCGACAACAUACUGUGCCGGUGCCGCCUGUAUCAACUACUUCCAGUCCGGCAACAACAUCCGUCAGUAAAACGCCUCCUCCGGAGAGUACAAUUCACUGGUUCGACAAGGAGACUGAAAAUCUCUUCAACGAUAGCGAACUGACAAACUUGAAUAAGAACUCGACGACGAAAAAAGAGGAGGAUAGCUCGACGGAGACUACACCCCGCAACACUCAGACAAAGAGCCCGCAGAUCGACGUGUUCACGGAGCUGGAUCCUCUCGGGACAGGUCUGAUCAAGCCUUAUGUGGAUAAGAAGGACUUCUUUCAACACCUAAAGAACCCGCCGAAGAAAGUUCUCAAGGAUUUAGUGUCCACAAAUUCGAGCGACAGCUUCCCGACGAACUUCAACGUCGCAACUGCCACGGAUUCUUUGGAAUCGACGAACGCACAGAAUGAGCUAUCAUCGAGAGAUAACGAAAACAGCAAUUUCGCCAACUUCGAUCAAUUCGACAAGAAUGAGGCAAAUCAGUCCUCCCAGCAAAGAAUCGAUUCGCCGCCGAAGAAAGAGACAGUUGCAAGAUCGAUCCAUCAUCAGCCUCUGUCGGUAUCUCUGCCACCGGAGGAGACGACGUCGUCUAAAGGAACGAACAUGUCUACAACCACCUCGGGAGGAAGCUUGAUUCUCCGCAGCAUGGACAGAGACUCCACGGAAUCGACGCAGGCACUGGUGAAGUUGCCGAGUCCGAAAAAGUAUUUACAGUCUGUGCGAAAGAGAGAUUUCGACAUCGACCUGCCGGCCGGUAAGACUCAAUCCGUGGAAUCUAGCAAGCCGUUUCCGGUGGACUUUUCGGUGACAAACGAGUCGCCGGCGUCGCCGCUUCGGUCCUGUUCGUCGGACGCGAACUCGCGUCUGUCUAGCUCGAGCGCGGAGCUGGAAUUAGUGCCAGAACCGCCGCCCAGAGGUGUGGGUAGCAUCCUUAUCAAUCCGCCGCCGUUGCCGCCGAAAAAACAGAGCAUUCGUGGGGGGGCGAGACCGCCGCCUAGACCGCCCCACACGGACGGACAUUUUCAGUACGAUUUUCCGCCGCGCGAGGCUUCCUCACCGUCACCUACCAGAAUUAUUAGAGACAAGAACAAGAGUCCGCCGAGAGACGCGAAAGGUCAUCAGUUUGACGAUAACUUCAGUCCGCCUCCGCAGAUGCCCGCCAGAUCUAAUUUUAUGGCUACGACGACUACCACUUCCGCUUUCGAGGACUCUUUCAGCACAAUGAUACCAUCUACAACGCCGCUGUCAUCUGCACCAUUUACUGACAACACCACUGUUUCGGUUAUGGAUUCUAAAAAAUCGAAACCAUCGCUCGAUAUCACGCUCAGUCAGUUGACAUCAUCCUGGACGAAUUUGGACGAGCUGGCCUCCAGUCUCGGCAUGACAGUCCAGCAGCUAACAAGUUUGACCUUGACGCAACUCACGCAAUGCCUAGCGAGUCUAUCGACGAAGGAAAUCGUUGCUGACGAUGCGGAGGAAACUGUGGAUCCGUCAAUGACGACGAUGAAGGAGGAACCGGUGGUUUCGUCUAAGCCUGCAAUUUCGUCCUUGUCAUCGCUGGCGUCGAAAUCGAUCGAAACUACAGACCCUAGUUCGACUUCUUUCACAUGUUCGGAGCUCUUCAAAUCUAAUUAUGAAUCGGAAUCGAAGCAAGAUUCUACGUAUGAUAAGUAUGCAGUUUUCAGAGAGCUGUUGGAGAUGGAGCAAAUAGAACGGAAGGAGGAGAUAAAUGUGGAAGAAAUCACCGAGAUGGAAGAGGCAUCCAACGAAAGCGGACAAGUUGAUGGAGAAAUGAUCCAACCGGAAGUGCGAACCAGCGAGAGCGCUUCGAAUUCAAUAACUUCAUUGUCGAAUUUAACUGCCCAGUUAUCGUCGAAAAGCGAAAAUCUGUUAAAAGAAGAACUCACGGCGAAGCUGGACGAGACGAUGAUUAAUUCCAUCGCGAAUCUGACGGAGCAAAAAGAAAAACUGGGUGAAACCGAAGAUAUCGAGAAAGAAAGCGAGAUAAUGGCGGAUGCAGAUAUCACGUCCGACUCAUCCACGGUUCAGCAGACGGAGAUAGAUGUCGAGGACGAUACGGAGAAGACGCAAACCAUCAUGGACGUGGAGGAGAAAGUGGAUAAUUCCGAAAAAGGAAGCGAUGCCAAUGGAACGUUGUCUGAUAAAGUCGGCUCGGACAUCCUCAACGAUGAGACGAACGGUUCGUCCGUUGCUGAAAGAUCUUCGACGGAAGUAAAAUCCUCGACAUCGACGUCGAGCGACAGGUACGCCGCAUUGCGCGAGAUUAUCGGCGAGCCGGAACCGUCGCCGAUUAGAAAGGACGAUGAGGAAAUGAUAAGUUCUGCCAGGACGUCACCGAUGGUACAAUCUCAGCAGCCGAAGAGUUUAGCCGAGAUAGAGCUGCUGAAUCUGUUCUCCGAUAACCUCCCGCCACCGUCGAGUCCGAAUAUCUCGGUCAAGAAGGAUUCGAUCGAUCUGAAGACCGCGGCAAUGGAUAUUUUCGAGGAAAUAAAGAUGCUGAACACCGGUAUGCAUCGCGCCAAGGAUACCAAGCCGGCACCGCCUUCGUCUUCAGGUUUCGAAGACAUGUUCUGUCCGUUCUCGGAGACGACGCGAUCGGACAAGGACGACGGCAAGGAGGACGGCAAUUGGGCAAAGUUUGACACAGGUAUUUUCGGUUCGUCUGAUAGAUCGUCUUGCGAGGGGCAACGAUCGAUAGGCGGCACUUCACCGUGGUCUCCAGACGGCAAGGAUUUCCAUAGAGAGGUACCGUUCAAAGGUAGCGGCGGAUAUCGGCAUUCGGGAGACAGUGAUAACGAAUGGAAAGACGAGGAAGAGAGCGAGGAAAGCAACGGCAGAGGGCGAGGAGACGGCAGAUUCUGGUCUGGCUCACGACAUCCGAGGUUUGACGCACCAGGAUUUGAAGAUAGAUCGUUUUACGAAGACGGGGAAAAACGGGACCGCAGCUUUCGCGAGAGGAUGGGCAGAAAAUCGCGCGGAGCACCGUGGACCAAAAGUAGCGGCAGUCACCGACCGCGCGAUCCGUCGCCUUGGCACGAGGAGGUUCAGUGGGAGGACGAAGGCCCGAGACGAUAUCCGCAUCGGAAGGUGCAACCGUAUAAGGAGGACGAGGAUCAGUACGAGGUGCACUGGAAAUGUCGACCGAAGCCGCCGCCUCAACGGUGCAACUGGAGCCAUGACGUUCACGGCACGUAUUACGACGACGAGCGCAAGCGGAAACUGAUGCUGUGGAACGAGGAGGAUCGAUUCGGUAGUGAAGAGAGCAUGGGCUACGACGAAGAGGAUCGGUGGAGCAGGAGAAGAUACGAGAGAAGACGAUGGGAGGAGGACAGUAGAUUCUGGAGCAGAAGAGGGCCUCCCGACGCCGAUUAUCCUAUGAGAGAGGCGUAUUAUUACUAUCGUGAAAGCAGAGAAAGACCUCACGAUUACCCGUCCUGGGAAGAAGAGUACGGCUCCGAACGUCCAGGUGACGACUCGCCCAGGUACAAUCCAGCUGGCAGAAAGAGACACUGGCCGAAGAGGCCCAACAGCGCAAAUGAGGGCCGCAACAACGACAUGUUAUAUCCGGAUUCGCGUAAAUUCGGCGGCACUUCCAGAUCUGAGUGUAGUGACAACGAUUCCGAUCCGUAUCUACGGCCCUCGCAGCGAUCCAGGAGUCGCGAGAGCUACUGGGGUAGCGAUCAGGAAUAUGAUAGCUGGGUGGAGCGACCGUACUGGUCCGAGGGUCCCGACACGAAGAGUGAGACGAUGCAUCGCAAGCGGAUAGCCAGGCAUAAGACGCGACAGACUCAGAAGACGCAGAGCCCGUUCGAGGACGAUUUCGCGCAGAGCGUCGAACACGCGGAGCCGUCCGACACCGGUCCAGGUGUGGCAGAAUCGUUGGUACCUAUGGACGCGCGCGUACGACUGGAGAUGACCGAACAGAAGCGAGAGCCGCCGCCACCUGUGAGUCCGUCGUCCGGCAUCAGAGGCUCCAAGGAUCAGUUGAGACGGGAUAUGAGUGUCCGGGAAUACGGCAAACGGUCUAGCUAUUUCGAAGACGAUCUCACGCCCACGGCCAGCGCGUCCAGUGACGCGUCCGACCGACCGAGAUUGUCGUCCGAUUUCAAGGCCACGCCGGAGGAGUUGCCAUGCGAUGCCAACAAGGAUCCGCAGCAGCCCGUCGACAGCUUCGUCUCAGAGGAAAGCGCUCGCGAUUCUUUCUUCAACGGCGAUCUGAGAUUCGACGACGAUGCCUUCGUCUUCAAGUCCGAGCUGGAUGACAACGUGCCGGAUCAUCGCGCCACUACAUUGCCGCUGAAGAAUUCCAGACAGGGAAAAUACGGACCGGGGAAUAACAACAAUAAUAAUAAGGGUGCUAGGGGUGAUCAAUACAUACGGAAAUCGGAGUCGGUGAAUAUCUUUGCGAGGGAGAGCGAUCCGUUCGAUGGCGAUGAUUUCUUCAACUGAUCUGUCGAAACGUGACGAACGACAAGAACGGUCGCUAAAAUACCGCACUGAAUUCAGUGACAUUGGUGUGGUCUAGAUAAUUGAAACUUGAAUGUGUGUAUAUGUGUGUGUGUAUAUGUGUGUGUGUAUAUGUGUGUGUGUAUAUGUGUAUGCGUGGGUGAGAGAGAAAGAGAGAAAAAGAGAGACUAUGGAAUGGUGCUCGUCGCGUACUAGGUGAACGUCGACGUGAAAAAUGGUGGAUUUCUCGCUAUAGCAAUACUUGGUUCUUGUCAGAACCCAGCUGUAGCAAUUUUAACGUAGCGAAAUUGAGGAGAAAGCUUCGAACGCGGCUUGAACGGAUAUGCGGAAGUAUAUUGUCUAUUACGUAUCUGUUUUUCGUUACGCUUUUGUGUCCGUGAGAUUCUUUCCAAAAUUUAUUUUCUCUUCCACUGAUUGUGAGAUUGAGAAACAGAAUUAAUUUAGAACAUUUAUGCUCGCAUUUCUUAGCAGAAGUAGAUUUAUUUGAUCAAGAAAAGGCUAAAACACUCGAAAAUUGGCGAUGAUUAAUCUUAUGUUCAAAAGUUCUAAUAAUGGAAUUACGAAAUACAACUAUUUCACAAAGAAACUAGUCACUAUUUUAACGAAUCUGUAUAUAAUACUAUUGAUGUGUUUAGGAUCGAUUUGUUGGGAGAAUGUGAGAAAGAGAUAUCAGUAUGUGAUUUAAUACAAUUGUGUAUUGCGUAAUCGCAUAAAUCAAUAAUUGUUAAUAUCGUGCGUUAUGUAUUUAUUUAUAUAUUUAGUUUAUGUAUAUUUAUAUUGCGAAAUGACGCGGUGAUUUUUGUCGUUUCGGAUUUGCAAAUGAGCGGUUUAAUUUCAAUUGUCUUCUUACGAACGAUUCUCUAGUCACGUGUGCGUAACCGUUGCGUUGGGAGCUUCACGAAAGAACAAAUAACCGAUAGCGCGCGUUUUUGGGGAGAAAUCAAAAAAUGAUUUUUAUACAUUUUUAACUAGCACGGAUCGAUUACGUUGCAUUAGGCAUUUAUACAUCGUCGACGACCAUACGUAUCCUUCUGUGCAUGCUCCCACCGAUUCGCUUUUCGGUUACGCUACUGAUAAAAGAUGCUCUCGCUUAUGAGAGAUGUAAAGAGAAAAAGAGGAUGGUAGUAUUAUGUU